UUAAUUAUUUUUUCAACAAAUACGGCUUAAAUGGACGGCAAGUUUCCACUUCCCCAUCUCCGCUAUAUACUUCCCGUUACGGUUCCGUAUUCCAACUUGCUCGAACUUUAACGCCCCCACUUCAUACUCAUAGCGUGGCCUUCAAAGCCUCUUUUUCUCUUUUUUUUCUCUCUUUUCUGGUUUGUUUGUCCAGGUUUCUUGGCGCCCGUGGUUCUCUUCUUGUCCCAGCCUUACCUUAAAGUUAUCAAAACUUAUUGAGAAUAGAGCAUAGCGAGAGGUUGUAUAGUUGUUUGAACGGACAGAAGUUGUUUGAUUGUUAUGCGAAGCAAUGGCGACAUAUAAGUUAGAUCCCGACGUUGAGCGGUGGGGUCUGCAUCUGUUAGAUGUUUGCACGCUUGCGAACGACACCUCUCGUAGUACUGUUACUGGAUAUGACGCGGAUGUGAGUAAAGUGGAGUAUGUUAGAGAAGGCUAUGUUGUUGAGCCUUGUAAUGUGGAGAACGAUGAAGUUAUAGCUUAUGCUUACCAAGAAGAGUUGUCGAGACUUGCUUCAGCGGAGGCCUCAGGACGUCCUGAUUUCGAUGAAGAGCACUAUCAAGCGUCAAUUAUUGCACAGGAUUGGCUUGGCCCUUCUAAAAGACACGGGAAUGAGAAUGGUUGGAAGAUGGAAAAUGGUCAUGAUAGUAAAGGGACCAUGGAGGAUCACAGUAACAGAGAAAUUCCAACAGAUGACUACACAGAAAAUAAAGACGGAGAUGAUUCUAGCAGAAUAAUAAAUGAAGAGGCUCAGAAUUAUCAGAUGCCAACUGUCUUUACAUAUCCUAUCCCGGAUGAAAGCCGAGGAGAAAACUUGACAGACGCGGAAGAAUGGCUUCAUGAAUUGGACAUAACAGAUGAGUCUUCUCUUGACAGCGAAGUAGGAAGAAGACUCAAUCAAAUGGUUCCAGUUCCUCAUGUUCCUAGGACGAUUGAAAAAGUUCCCUCGGUUGAUGAAGAGAUAUCAGAUCAUGAGAGGCUUCUUGAAAGACUGCAGUUAUAUGAUCUGGUUGAGCGGAGGGUUCAAGGAGAUGGUAAUUGUCAGUUCCGCGCAUUAUCAGAUCAACUCUAUCGGUCUGCCGAGCACCAUGGUUUUGUCAGACAGCAAAUUGUUGAACAGUUGAAGGGUCAUCCCGAGAUGUACGAAGGUUAUGUUCCUAUGGCCUAUGUUGACUAUCUAAAGAAAAUGAGCAAGAGUGGUGAAUGGGGUGAUCAUGUUACGUUGCAGGCUGCUGCUGAUUGGUAUGGUGUCAAAGUAUUUGUGAUAACUUCAUUUAAGGAUACCUGUUCCAUAGAGAUUCUUCCACAUGCUCAAAAGUCCAAUCGAGUCAUUUUCUUGAGCUUUUGGGCCGAGGUGCAUUACAAUUCAAUUUAUCCGGAAGGAGAGUUUCCCGCAUCGUGCACAAGGAAGAAGAAGAAAUGGUGGAAUAUCAUAAACUAGAGACUUCAUGGAGUGAACAGUGGUGAUGAAAUUGUUUUAAGAGUUUACCACAGCGGAAGCAGAUAAGAAAAGAAUCCAUGCUUUUCGAGUUGUGACGAACAAACAAGAGGAUGUAACAAAAGGGUUUCUGUUCUUGUUUCUGGUGAUGCUUCUAAAUGCAAAUGCUUUUGCAUUUGCUGUACAUAAAAAUAUAUUCUUUGGUUUUAGAGUUGGAUUAAUUUUAUUCCAUUAUGUAUAUAGCUGUAAGCCUGUAAUCAUUCUUUAUCUAUGGCUUGUAGAUUUUUGUUGGAACAGAGUUUUAUUGAUUGUUUUC